UUCUCUUACGUGCCCAUCAGAAAACCAUGAUCCCGCAUGCACAUGAUGACACACCCCAUUUUUUGUAUCCUUCUUUUUCCACUAUAAAUAAAUUCCUUAGACAACAUCAUUGAUCACAUCUCACAACAUCAACAUAUAUAUCCCACUACAUACCAUAUGGAUUGGAUAGGAUCAUACCGUGGACUUGGAGGGCAGAGAGGUGGUGAUGAGUGGCGUGACCCUUUCUAUGCAUCCCCAUUCACCGGCUUGUGGGACCCUUCUAACAACUACUAUGGCGGCGGUGACCAAACUUCUGCUCUUUCCCAUGCUCAUGUUGACUGGCGUGAGACUGAUAAUGCUCACAUCUUCCGUGCUGAUCUUCCUGGGGUGAGGAAAGAGGACCUCAUGGUGCAAGUGGAAGACGGCAACGUACUCCAGAUAAGCGGGGAGAGAGCCAAGGAGAGUGAGGACACCAACGAUAAGUGGCACCGCGUGGAGUGCCGCCGAGGAAGCUUCACGAGGCGGUUCCGCCUGCCGGAGAAUGCCAACUUGGAGAACGUAGAUUGCACUCUGCGGGAUGGAGUGCUGACUGUGAAUGUGCCAAAGAAGGUGGAGAGCGAGUCACAGCAGAAUAAGAAUGUGAGGCAGAUCCAUGUGGCCUAGUUGUCCUGCAAAUUUGAUCGGAGUAUAUAUGUUU